AUGAAGAUAUGUAUAGAAAGCAAUGAAAAUAAAAAACUGAUGGCUUAUAAAGAAAAUAUUUCUGAAAAAAAUUUAUUUUAUGUUCUUUUUAUUUAUUUAUUAAUUGUUUUCUUUUUAUUAAAAAAAACACCAUUUAAAAAUAUAAUACUUUUUUACAUAACACCAUGUUUAAUUCUUUUUAAAGUUACAUUCAUGUGUCUACCUAAAUUUAUACAUUUUCUUAAUGAAAAGGGAUUUUAUGGUUUUGAUCUAAAUAAAAUAAGCAAAGAUAAAGUUGCUGAACCAAUUGGUCUAUUUCCAGCCAUUUUGUAUUUUAUUUUUGUCUUAUUUUACCAAAUGAUAUAUUACAAUGAUAACAAAAUUCUAUUAGAAUAUAAUGCUGGUUUAUUAUCAAUAAUUUUUAUGACUUUUUUGGGUUUUAUAGAUGAUAUUUUUGAAUUGAAAUGGAGAUAUAAAGUUGCUUUGCCAUUUUUUGCUUGCUUACCGUUAUUAUUAUCAUAUUCAGGAGAAACCAAUAUAAGAAUUCCUAAUUUUUUAUAUUUUAUAUUUAAAGAAAGAAUAAUAAACAUAGGAUUUUUUUAUUACUUAUAUAUAAUAUUAUUGGCAGUGUUUUGUACUAAUGCUAUAAAUAUAUAUUCUGGAAUAAAUGGGUUAGAGAUUGGCCAAAGUUUGAUAAUAUCCUUUUUUAUUUCUAUACAUAAUUUAAUUGAAAUAAUAUUAAAUAUAGAUAAAUCAAGUGUUGAAAGUAAAUUAAUUUUAAAACAACAUUUUUUGUCAAUUAUUUUUACUUUACCUUUUAUAUCAAUAAAUCUUGUUACUUUCUCUUUCAAUUUUUAUCCAUCUAAAGGAUUCGUUGGAAAUACAUUAACAUAUUUUUGUGGAAUUUUUCUGGCUGUUGUUUCAAUAUUUGGUCAUUAUUCAAAAACCUUAAUAUUAUUUUUAAUACCACAAUUUCUUAACUUUUUUAUUUCUUUACCGCAGUUAUUUAAUUUUAUACCUUGUCCUAGGCACAGAUUACCAAAUUUAAAUAAAAAAACAAAUAAAUUAAUUUAUUCACAUAAUUAUACAUUAAUAAAUCUCAUAUUAUAUUUAUUUGGCCCCUUAUCAGAAUUUCAUUUAGUUAAUGUUUUGUUAUUUUUUCAAAUUAUAACAUGCUCUUUUGGUUUAUUUUUAAGAUACUUUAUUGAUACUACAUAA